CCAAAGCUUUCUGUACGAUGGGCUCGGAGGUAGCGCAGCUGCUGGAGGCUGCAGACUUUGCGGCUCGGAAGCAUAGACAGCAGCGUCGGAAGGAUCCGGAAGGGACCCCUUACAUCAACCACCCCAUCGGUGUGGCUCGUAUCCUGACCCAUGAGGCAGGAAUCACUGACAUUGUGGUCUUACAGGCGGCCCUGCUUCAUGACACAGUGGAAGACACAGACACCACCCUGGAUGAGGUGGAGCUGCACUUUGGGGCACAGGUGCGGCGCUUGGUGGAGGAGGUAACAGACGACAAGACUCUGCCCAAGCUGGAGAGAAAGCGGCAACAGGUGGAGCAGGCGCCUCACAGCAGCCCAGGGGCCAAACUGGUGAAACUGGCAGACAAGCUGCACAAUCUGAGGGACCUGAAUCGCUGCAUCCCUGAGGGUUUCUGUCUGCUCUUAUGCAGGAUGGUCAGAACAUCGAGUCCAGGAAUACUUUGAGUGGGCAGCACAGGUGGUGAAGGGGCUUCAGGGUACAAACCAACAACUGGAAGAAGCUCUAAAGCAGCUGUUCAAGGAGCGCGGGCUGACACUCUAAGCAGUGCUAGGAGCCAUCAGUUCUCAGACUCCACCCUCCCCAGGCCAGAUGGGAUUCAUAUUUAAGCUUUUCAGUGCCUCCUGAUCUCCCUCACUACUUCGCUCAGCCCAGAUAUUGAAGGUUAAAAAUACUUACGUUUUCUCACUUUGAAGGUCUCCCCACCAACUAAACUGAGCCCGGAAUGUGGGAAUCAGAUGUACCCCACCCAUUUCUAAUGCAUUCACUGCCUUCCCCUAAGUCCUGGGUCUGUUUACUAUUUUGCAUGGUGAGCUCUCUGGUCCCUUAGGGACUUGAGCUUGUGUAAACACUGUUUUAGAUGUCAUUGUGGAAAAUAAAGCAAGUGGGGUAAAGUUUAAGUUGCUCUCCUCCUUCUCCAGCCUCCUCAGAGGACAAUGUUGUAUGCUUGCCCUCCACAAGGCAGGGUUCCAAAAGUGUGUUCCCGGUGUCAGCUCCCUCAGGUUGAGGGUUCAACCCCUGGAGCCUGGCUUCCUUAUCAGUCAGUGGGGUUGUGUCAUUAUCGGGGUCAGAUUACGAGACAGAAAGGGUCUCCAUUAACAUAAAUGGGAAGUAGUGCCACCGCUUACUGGCAACCCUGUCUGGGCACUGAGAGGCUGCAGCACCAACAGAAGCCGGCCAGUGGGGAAUCUCUGUUCUCUACCCUAGCCCGCCAGAACUCGGUGAUUGGCAGGCUACCUUCGCCCUAUGGGACUGCAUGUUCCCGCGGUUGCUAAGCAACAGGAACUUCCGGACGCCCCGGAAAUGGCUCUGGUUAGGCGGUUCCGGUGAGGGAGGGAAUCUUAUUGGUUUGCUGGUCAACGUAUAGCAGCUGAGGCCUUUUUAGCUGUCUUUAGGAGCAAGCAAACUUGGGACGAAGAGGUUGUUAUAUCAAAGUCCGUUUUAUGUAGGACCACGGUGGUUAUUUAACCCAAGUGUAGGGUUCCUGGAAAAAAGUAGGUGAAGGGCAACAAAAACUGACCUUGAAAUCAAACUGUUUCAAGAUGGUCCCAGGUAAACAGAUGAACUGCGUUCAGCGUGAUCCUCGUAAGGCAGACCAGGGUAUGAGAUCCUCAAUGCAGGUGGAGAAUGAAGACAGAUGCACACUGCACCAUGGAGGAUGGGCCUCAGAUGGAGAAAGUGCUCUGAGUCAUACUGUGGUCUCCCAACAACACACCAUAUCCACAGUGCCAGCCUGACACUCAGGACCAUGGUCCCCACGCCUCUGUCAACUGAAGACUACUUAAGACAGCUCCCCCACACGUCACACUCAUGGAUCUAUGUAGAAUUUUCCUUCAAAGCUA